CCUGCGGGCGAUUUCAGAUGACAGAACUGAAUAUGCAUUUCAACAUUUCCAUUUUCAGCUAAAUAUCCAGGAUAUAGGUGUAGCCCACUUUUUGUGAAUCACCGAUCCAAUGGAGGAGGAGAAAUCAGAAGGUUACAUUCUUUCUAAAUCCACUUGUCCUGUACCCACUGGGCUUCCCAUCAACUGGGGACUUAUAACCGGCCCUGUUCCAGAGCCUGUUUUCCCAGCAUCUUCACUGAGGACCUCACUGCCCCUUCCUCAAAGUUCAGCCUCACACGCACUACAGACCAAAGUAAAAUCCCUGACUCAGAGAAGAACAAGGGGCAGGGAGAGGGAGAAGGACCGAGAGAAGCUGGACACAGGUGAGGUGCGUAUGGGUUGUCCGCCUGGGCAGAUUUCAUCUGAUGGGCUUCUCAGACAGAGGCAGAGAGCCAAAGGCCAGCUGUUUGUGCCGUCCUCCUCCUGGCGAUCAACUGCAGCUAAAGAUUUCAGUAGCAGCGAUGAAGAUGAGGAGGUAGAAGUUCAGGUCAGACUGGAAAUUCACAGUCCACCAGUGGACCUCCAAACAGAGCAGGAAACAGAAGAAAACGAGGAGAAGAACUCAGAACAAGAUGAAGGCCGGGGCAGCUCAUGUGGGCUUGGGGAGGGCACCAGUAUCGAAAGUCUUCUCUCAGAUAACUCAAGUAGUGGCAAGGACGAGCCAUCCCCUGCACCUCAUCUGCCUGUCCUCUCCUCCUCCAAUUCUAACACAUCUACUUCCCUUUCUCCUACAUGUUUAGCCAGACACUGGGCACCUCCAAAGGGCUUCUGGAGAGAAGCGCGCCCGGAAACUUUGCUUCUCAAUGGGGUUGGCCCUCACAACAUACCGCCAACUUUACCUUUAAAGGACUACACCCAGAUAGAGUCACCGGCGGAACCUCAGAGCAGGUCCAAACCACCUCAAUCUGUCAACAGGAAUGAGGCAGAAAGUGUUGUUGAGGACACUGAAGAGGCAUCAGUUUUUAAACAUUCAGAUAGUGUGGAAUUUUACCUGGACAGAGGGGAAAAAAGUGAAGCAGAUGGGGCUGAUUCGACAAAACAGCUGUGCAGUUCGGACAGCUGGGAAAACAUGUCUUCUCAAAGUGGAGUGCUGCAUGCCGAUCUGAAGCUUAGGGUGAAGGAGAGGGCCUACGCAAAGCUGAGGGAAAGACAACAAAACUGCAGAGAGAUGCAAGACCGCCGUGGAGGAGAAAGCGUUGACUAUUAUGGGGAUAUAACAUACAGAGUUGAUUAUAAAGUAUCAGGGAACCACGAUGUUCUAGAAAGCACAGACACUGAACUUCUUGCUCAGGAACUGGAACCAUAUUUGAGGUCACUUCUGGUAAUAAGCGAUGAGCUACCUCUAAGCCCAAGGCAUGAGCAAGCCAAGCGUCUUCUGGAGCGAGCCAGGCUCAAGGCUCGCUCCAACCACUUCAAAGACAGCCGUCCCCGCCGCUCUCAGUCUGAUCAGAGAUCAUCAGUGAAACAUCAGCAAGUAGAAACUCCCAGUCACACAACAGUGCAUAGAGCUGUUCAAACUAAAGAGGAGCCUCCAUCUCAGGCCUCGUCUGGUCCUCUUCUGGUUCCCACACAAAGAGACACAUCUCCGGGUGAGCAAGCAGGUCGACCCAAACGGUAUGGCUGUUCCCCCACACGUGUACGCUUCGAGGAUGAAUCUGAGAAAGAAGCUGAGUCCCGUUAUCUGGACAGAAUGAGACAGCGCGGCAGACCUGGAAUGCCCAAGUCCAGAACAAAAGACAAUAAUACAGACUCCAGCAGCAGUGGCUCGGAGAAGAGCAGAAGCAACAGAAGCAUUUCUUUGCCACCUACUCAGAAACAAGAGGAUCUUGUGACAACUGAUGAAACAACUGUUAUUAAAGAAAUAAUAGUACUGGUGAAAAAAUGUGAAACAUGUGGCUCCGUAGUCAGGGAACCUCAGCCGGUCUCCUCAUCAUCGGAGUUGCAAAACAGUGAGCCACAGCAAAUCGUUGUCCCUGAGGACCCACGGGGGAAAUCAACCCCUGUCUGUGCGCCAUCAAACAAACCAGAAGUGAGCACUCGCCCUAAGGCUCCCCUUACUGUUACGUUUGCUGGAGCUUAUGUGCUGGGAGAAAAUAAGGAAAGCAAUUCAGGAUGGAAGUCUUCAGGCUUUGGAAAACUGAGGAGGCGGAGUAGAAAAGGCGAAAAUCGUUUAGAGUCAGGCCACGGACCUUACGGCCCAUCUUGGGCACAGAGACGAAACUCUAAUCCACGGAAUAGGGUUAACUUAAGCAGAGCUGUUACGUUUGCGCCUGGGAGCCCCGUUGCCUUAGAGCCACAUUUGCUGGAGGCAUCUGGGGGAUUUAGAGAACCGCCUGCCCCUUCGCUACCUAUAAAAUCAGCUCUGAAGUCAAGCUCUAGAAAUCGAUCUGCAGUGAGUCAGUCAACAGUUCAGUUCCACGUGUCUCCAGUUCAGGGAGGAGAUAGUGGGUCCCAAUCUCUAGAUUCCCCAGAGACAAGAAGGGAAUCUCCUAUUUCUUCAAACCAAGGGUCACCAGCAACAAGCAGCCCGGUACCCUGUAUCAGGCCUUCCACUCUGAGAUACUCCCCAGCUAGACCCCCAACUGAUCUUCCAUCUGCUGAGAUCUGGGAUGCAAAUUCAGAGGUAGUAGGUCUGAAUGGAGAAACUGGUCCUGGUUCAGAAUUUCGAGCUCUGCGUGGCAUGGGUAUGUCUCGGGCUGAGGAUCUAAGAGCUGAACUGCUGAGAGCUGAACAUCUGAAAGCUGAGGCUUUGUGGGAAGAGAGCUCUGAUGGUCUGAAUGGAGAAACUGGUCCUGGUUCAGAAUUUCGAGCUCUGCGUGGCAUGGGUAUGUCUCGGGCUGAGGAUCUAAGAGCUGAACUGCUGAGAGCUGAACAUCUGAAAGCUGAGGCUUUGUGGGAAGAGAGCUCUGAUGGUUCCAGAAAACUUGAUGGAAGGCCAAAGCUUUUCUUGCGUCGUUUCUUUUCUUCCAUCGGACUAAACAGCGUCGGCAGACUUGUAAAAGGUGGUCGCUCCAGUAGCAUGGAACAGCUCAGUCUUCCCACCGUCCAGCGGGCAAGUUCAGCCUCGCCAAGCCCCACACGGAGACCGCAGCCCACCAUUCGUAUACAGAGAACACCCUCGCUGCAAACCCUGAACACAGUGCUCCCACUGGCCCAGCUGCGCAAAGCCUCCUCUGUGCAGAGUUUAGAGAGAAGAACAGAUCGCUCAACAAUUCUGGGAGAGGUCCAGAUACCAUAUGGCUUGGCACCCAGCCCUGAUAGCCCCCAGAUUGAGAUUCACAGGGCCUUAAGUGUUGAAGAUGUAGUUGUGGCCAGAAUGGUCCAUCCAAUGGGCCGAGUUACCCAGGCUUUCCCUGAUGGAACUAUCCUGCUGGAGCUCAUCAAACCCCCCAGUGGACCCUUUGGUUUCGUCAUUUCAAGGGGAAAAGGUCGGCCGGACACAGGUGUAUAUGUCGAGAAAGUCGGUGACGGUGGUGUAGAGGGCCUACUGGGCGUUGGUGAUGAAAUCCUACAGGUUAAUGGGGAGGCAGUGGCAGGACACAGUCUGGACCAGGUGACCCGCCUCAUGACUCGGGAAAGCACUGCAACGCUCCGCAUCUUGCCUGCCCGACGCAAUCUGCGCUGAACUGGCUGGAUAGACCUGGCAAACAGCCUAUUCCCCCUGGAAUCACAAUCACCCACUGCUCAUGCACUGCAAACUGGCUGGAUCGUAUUCUAUAUGUGACACACAGUAGGUUUUGGUAAUGCUAUGAAUAGUCAACAAAGAGAUCAUUUCUUUUAGAGCCAACAAAUUCAGCUGCACAGGGAUCUUAGAUGUUGUGAUUACUGUGUAUUGUGAUAUAGAAUAGGAACUCAGACCUGGCACCUUUUUAUAACUGAACUAUGAUAAAUAGCUCAAUUCACAACUUGUUUUUCUUUUAUAACAUGCCAGUUUACUACAAAAGUCACUCUUAAGGUACUUUGCAGGACUAGCACUUCCCCUUAAACAUGCAGAAAUAUAUAAUAUAUUCAAUACAAUCACAUAGGCAGAUUUAGAUUUGACUGUGUGUAUUUCACUUUGAUCCUAUUUGCAGCUAUCCUCCCUUGAGAGCAAAUAUUCAAUGUCUCACCUUGAUUAAAUUAAAACAAAUUGAAAUUAAUUUAAUUUGUUUGAAUGAACAAAAAUGUGCACUUUUAAAAACACUCAUCCCUAUGACUGUUUUGGACAUUUUCUGGUAUUACAACCACUAAUUGCAUUGUAUUAUGCUUUGAGAUUGAAGAGUAAUUGCUUUGGGAAUGAAGAUGGGAAAGAAAAUAUUGAAUGGUUUCGACUUCACAACCUAUUACAAUAAUAAAUCUGGAAAGUUUUGUCUCCAUAUGUUUCUAACUUCCUUCAAAUCAAAUAUUUGUACAUGCAUAUUUCAUUUUAGUUUCAGCUACAGAUUAUGAGACCAUUAGGGUGUGUUCCUACUAGCUUAUCUUAUCAACAGUU